AUGUUCUCUAGGGCUACCUUGUGGCGUCGCAAAAAGCGAUUUAAAGAGUUUUUGAGUAGAGUAUUAGUUACCAAUGCUUCACGGUUCGAUGAAAACUUACUUGAUUCAACAUUUUCACACACUUCAAAUGAUAAUACUGAAGAAAUAUCACGCCAAGCACAUCCUCAGGACCAUUUCGGCUGUCAAUCGGGUUUAUUUACUUCCAGUUAUCAUUUUGAUGCGCCAAUAGCAAAAGAUGGAUCAGAAGAUGUAUCAGAUAUGUACGACGAUCAAAUGUGGCUUGAAGAACGCUUUAAAAAUGUCAACCUUUGGAAAGAUGUAGAAAUUGAACCAAUAUUUCAAUAUCCUGUUGCGGAAGAUGAAUUUUUAACUGAAAAUAUUGAUCAGUGAGUCUUAUUCACAUAUUUUCUUAUUUAUAAUAUUAGAAUGUUGCUUAUAUAUAUAGAGCACCUGUAGAGAAAGAAAUUGCCGCAGGGCUUGUCUUAUUAAAGGUAAAGCUAUCUUUAGAACAGAAUUGGUAUGAUUUGUAUGAUAGUUAUAACUACAAUGCUCUUUGUCUAUGUGAAUCUGAAAAAAAAAAGAUGAAAAAGAAUACGUGAUAUGUAGUUUCAGUUUUCAGUAGAACUCAAAAUAACUUUUGUUUCAGACACAUGAGUGAAAGCCAGCUUUUUAAAACGCAAAAGAAAAUAAAUGACAGAGUUAAAUCAAUCCUUUUACUUAUAAUGCAUUCCAUAACAAAACCAAACAUCUGUUGUUUGUAAUCGAAUAAACUAAGACAAAAAAUAGUGUAACAAAAUCAUAAAAGUAGUUAACAAUCGUGUAAUUUCCAUAAUCAUAUAAUUUGAUCUAUAAUUUGUUGAGUUAUAUUAAUUAUAACUAUUUACAAAGAACAGCUAUGAUCACAGCUCCUACAGAAUUGAAAUGUGAAACACAAUACAGAUAUUAUUUAUACAAUUGAGGAGAAAAUUAUUAAGUUGCUUGUCAAGGUCUUUGGAAAGUGUGAAGCCAAAUUUUUAAGUCUAAACUUCAAAACUUCUUUUAUAUAGUCUUUUUCAAAUUAGUCCGCAGUUUUAGGAUGAGAACUUGAAAUAAUUUUUUCUGUAACAAUUUUCUCUGACUUGUCUUUGUGAAUACGAAGAAAUGCCAGUACUUUGAUUGGUUUGUAAGACGGUAUAAUGAAAUCUGAUUUACUGAAGCUUUUAUAUAAGUGUACCUUUAAUUAAUUUAUUGAAAUAUGACUAACCCUAGAAAUAUCAUUUUUUUUGUAAUAGAGUCACCAUCGAACAUCGAAUAAAUGCAUUAAUGAUUUGUGUAAAUUAUUAAAACUUUUGAAAAUCCCAAACUGUCCAAUGAACUUUUAUAAAAUUGAACGGCUCUUACUACCAAAAUCUUCUGCAUCGAUUUCUUCGUUGGUUACCUAUAUUUGCCAAGUCUGUUGUGAAGCGUCAACAUCAUCAGAUCGGUGCAGCAACGUUAAUUGUACACAACAUGCGUGUUUUCGUACACCACCUCUGCAUUAUUUGCGAUUCUCGAUACUUCAACAGAUACAAGAAAUUCUUGCUCAUACGCCAGCAUUAAACUUUGAACAACAACAAUGUUUUCCAGACAUUGAUGUUAUAAAUGACAUAUACGAUGCGGAAGCAUAUCAACAUAUAAUGAAGAAAGAGGCAGGAAACAACUUUUUAAGUCUUAUAAUGAACGUAGAUGGUAUUGAAGUCACGAAAAACUCAGGUUUAUCUCUUUGGAUAUUCACUUUUGUUAUUAAUGAAAUCAAAAGAAGUGAACGUUUCAAGUUAAAAAACAUCAUAGUGGGCGGUAUUGUAUCAACCGAAUCGAAACCCAGUCGUCAUCAAAUGCAAGUACUUCUAUCGCCUAUUGUUAAGGAACUUGUUGUCUUAGAACAAGGCGAAUCUUUCGAAGUGAAAAGCUUCGGUGAAAACUCAAGCACACAUCUUAAAAUAUUUUUGAUUGCCUCGUGCUGCGACAAACCAGCACAGAGUUUGGUCCAAGGAAUUAGUGAGUCAAUAGGAGCUUUUGGUUGUGGGCGCUGCGAGUUGGAAGGUAAGCUUUUAUGUAUUAUUUACAAUACUGUUUUUGUUAAUGUUUCCAAUUUCUAUUUUAGGUGAAACAGUGCCCAUCCAAGCGAAUUCCCGGAAAAGAAUUCGAGUUUUUCCUCUUAUUCCUGAUGAUCAGGAACAGCCUCGUUUACGUACAAAUAAAACGUAUGACAUGUUUAUGAAUAUUUACAUAGAUGAACAUUUUUUGCCACAUGCUGAACUUCGUAAUCGAUUACGUGGUCACAUAAGUCCAUGUGUUCUUCGUGAUCUGACUUAUUUUGAUGUUGGAACUAGCUUUUUAUCAGAUUCAUUGCACAACAUAUAUCAUGGUGUAGUGGUAAGCAAUUUUAGCCCCAAGUAUUUAUAGGAUUAACGAAAAAUGGAGGUUUCUUUUCGUCUUCGAUAGCUAUCACAUUGUACAUAUGUGAUGAUAAAAUUUUACUUUUUAAUAUUUCCUGUAUUACAAGAAUGAAUUCACUCACAUUGAAUUUUAAUAUUAGAUAUGAAUUAUUCGACCAGCUAGCCUCUUUGCUUUAAAUGGUUCUAAAUAUUGAAAUGGAAAAGUAUCAAGGCCACCUCAUUCGAGAGCAACCCCUACUGAUGAGGGAAGGUCACCAACUGUUCAAUCGCUUUUUGAUCGAAUCCUAGUGAUUUAUAGGUAAUCGACCAUGCUGAUCCAGAAUAUCACAAUGGUUUGGGCG